AUGGAACCCUUCAAACCCGUGUCUGCAAAAUAUCCCACCAAUUCCUUCUCACUUUCUGCAUUUCUGUAUGGCUUUGGUUAUGAUUCAUUCACUGAUGAUUACUUAAUAGUGUUAGCAUUAUACAACUCCAACAGUUCAUCUGUUUCUGGUACAGAGAUUCAUAUCUUCUCUGUGAGAACCAAUUCAUGGAAACAACUUGAGGGAUGUUUCACAUUUAUCAGUCCAAUCGAUCGACCUGAUCCUAGCACUGGUUCAGUGGCUGGUUCGACCUUAAACGGUGCUAUUCAUUGGUUGGCUUUGUGUGCUGAAGCGGGGCAAGCUUCAUCACACGCAGCAAUAAUAUCAUUGGAUUUAACAGAAAAGAGUUUACGAAACAUGUGA